ACAAAUUGGAUUCAACAAUGGCGAGUUGGUUAACUGAGUUGUCGUUGGGCUCUUGUUGACAAUUGAAACUGGUUUUAAUUUUUUUUCUUGUGAUUUAUUUUUGUUGAUAUUUUGACUUUUUGGUGUUUUUAAAAUGAUUAGUGAUGAAAGCUUGUCCGCUUCAUCUUCAACAGUUGGUCAAAGGUUGUUGAUAGACUUCAAAAGGCUUUUGAAUAAAUGUAUGGAAAUGGUUCAUCAUUCUAAUGAAGAUUACCGAUGGCGAUUGGAGGCUUACUUAAUUUCUUUGGAAGAGAAGCUUGGAGAGCUCAGACGGAUGGAUAUCUUAAAAUCAGAUCAAGAUGAAUUAGCUGAAUACAUACGCAAUGUUAAAUUUUUAAAAGGGUUGGUUGACCUGGAUAAGUUGAAAAGUUCAUCUCAAAAGUUACUUGCUUGUCAAAUAUUGUCACCCGUUCCAUCAACAGCAACAACCGAAUCAACAUGUAAAACAAGAGAAAUUGGAAUUAAGUCAAAAGCUAAAUACAUUGAAGAGGUUAGAGAUGAACUUUUAAAUGGUAAUCAUGAGCCAAGUGAUAGUUUGAGACAUCGUUUUGGUGCAGGAAAGAAAAUGAAAGAAUCAAAGGCCGGUGAAAAUGAUAGUCGGUUACUGGGAGAAACACUUUUAAUUCAGGCAGAAGCAGCAGCUGAUAUGCUUGAUUUUACCAAAGAUUUAAAAGAGUUUGCAAUUAAAUCUAGUCAAGUAAUUAGAAAAGACGUGGAAACUAUCGAGUCGACAACUAAUGUUGCUGAUGUCAAUUCAUCGGUGUUGAAAAAAAGCAGUGACCGUUUGAGUGAGUUUGUCCGUCGAUCUUGUCAACUAUGGAUUUGGAUUAUGUUAGCUUUAACCGCAUUCAUCUUUCUUUGGAUGGUCGUGUUCAUGAAAAUAUUUCGGAAAAAGUAUAUAAGUGCCGAUUAUAAUGUAUCAGAAUAAAUAAUUAUGUAUGAAACGAUUAAUUUUAUAAAUAAUUUAUUGAAUAAACAGAGUUUAUUUUCAAUA